AUGGUAAAGUCGUUGAUUUCCUCAUUUGCCCGUAACCGCUUUGGUUUCGAAACAUCGUUUGGCAAUAGAGGAGAAAGUGUUGCGAAAGACUUCGAAUCCAGGCGUGGUGUAUACGAAGCAAUAGAAACAGAUCAAAACCAGGCACUUAUAUUACUCGUGGUUUGGGUCGAAGCUGUUGCCACGGAAAUAAAUAAAUUGAAGCAAGCAGAUGACGGAAAAGGAGGGAAAAGGCCAAAAUACGCAAAAUCUUACACCACGGUUACAUGCGAUGGUAACACCAGCAAUUUGCAAACGCAUUAUAAAAUGCCUACGAUUAGUCGUCCACGUGAAGGGAAACUUAUUACGUUAAAGAGUUGGGAAGUUCAAGGUCUUCUCCAGAACUGUGAACAGAAGGUUCUGAAAGGAGGAUUCGGUGAAGUAUACGUAUCGAGUACGAAAGUGCCUGAAUUAGAUGUCCGCGUGGCAAUUAAGAAGAUUGUGUGUGAAAAAGAUGAUCAGACAAAAAUGUUAUCAAUAUCUAAUGAAAAGAUAGCAUCAAGGGUGAUGCAUUUUGCAAUUGUGCCUUUGAUUGCUUAUAUGGACGAGGAGCUCGAAGACAAUAGAAGGGCUUUUUAUUUCAUUUCACCGUAUUUUGAGAAUGGAAACUUAUUUGAAGUUAUAGCACACGACAAACAAUGUUCGAGUAACGAUAUUCAUCUAAGUAACAUCAGACGCAACAGAAUAUUAUUCCAGAUUGCAUCUGCUCUAGAUUAUCUCCACACAGGGGUGCCUGACUCUAGAGGUAUAGUCCUGCACAUGGAUCUUUCAAGCACAAAUAUUGUUCUAGACAAAAACUGGAAUGCAAGGCUGAUCGACUUUGGUUUAGGGCGUGAAAUGAACGAAGGACAGUCAUGGGUUACACAGACAACAAAGUUCGGGAAAAAAGGAUAUUGGCCUACAGCCAACUAUUCAAAACUAAGAGUUCAUGAGGAUUAUUACAAUUUCGGAGUUGUAAUAAGAGAACUUCUUACGGGAGUGGCGCCAUUCAUUAACGAAGACAAUCAGCUUAGAAAAUCAAGCGAAAUGAUCAUUGAAAUGCAACUGCAGAAAAAAAUUUGGACAGAUUUAGAAGAAGCGUGGAGCCUUAUAAAACUCUCAACAAAAUGUUUAAAAAGCAGGGAAGAUAAAAACGUUUCUUCUGCAGACAUAGUGAAAGACAUUAAAAAGAUGUUUCAAGAUCAGUAUUCAACACGUAGUACUAGUAACACUAGUACAUGUGAUUUAUGCAUUGUUAACCCAUCAGUUGAUGGAAAACGAGCUCCUCCGCAUCAGUGUUCAGAAAGAGUGAACGUUUGUACUUCAUGCAUGAGAAAUUCGCACGUAAAUCCGAUCAGAUGUCCAACAUGCAAUGAAACGGUUUUUCCAAAAAUCGGACACACCUAUGCAGCAGUUUUGAUAGCUGGGAAUGAUGACAAGAAUGAAGGGUUGGCGAAGUCUUUCAGAAGUGACGUCUUGGCUUUAAAGGAUGUUUUGUCUUCUAAGUGUCCUUGUGUAAUUGGAAUAAGAGACGAAAAUAUCAAGAUGAUUGCUCCCUCUUGCCCAGGAAAGGCAGAUAAACUCAAUAUACAAGUUCAUGAGGCAUUUCGUUCUUUGGAAUCCAAGCAGAAUUUAGGCACACUGUUGGUAUACUUCACUGGACAUUAUUCCCCAGACAAAGGAUUCAUUCUUGGUGGUCGAGACGAUGUACUUACGUUGACUGAAAUACAAGACGAAAUAAAAAAUAUUUACAUACAAUGGGGCGAAACUGCGAGGAUAUUUAUGUUUCUAGACUGUUGCGAGGCACCAUAUGUCCCUAAUAUUCCAAAACUCCAUGUAAAAAUGAUUCAGAUUAAUGCAUGUAGACCGGACGAUACGUGUUAUCAGCCUGUGUCUGGCAGCAAAUUCCGAAUUUUCUUUUGUCAGGCUCUAACAAGAAGAGCUUUCAACAAAAAUUGUUAUAAUUCUAAUCGUUCCUCUUCGGAGACCGAAUGUAAAGACUGUGUGAUGUCAGAAGAAAUUAUUACAGUGCAACAGCUUCAAACGUACAUAGAAAAACACAUGGACAAAUGUUUUAAAGGAAAGGACCCCAUAUUGUAUGUGCACGGUGCCACGGCAGAUGACUCAUGCAUCGGAUACAAUGUCGACUUUGUUAACGACCUGAAGUUUUUGUUCAAGGCAGAAUCAGGAACAACAACAGAUGUUGUUAUUAAACAUGAAAUGUUUUGCGAUGUCAAGUUCUUAAAGAAACACAUACUUGAAAUAGUUCUUGGUGAGACAGCUUCCGAUGGAAAGUUGAAACUGACACCAGUGGAGUUUUCCGAUGCAGUCGCUUUACACAUUCAUGAUGGAUCACAACAUGGACUAGAGCUCGUAUCAAUGCAAAAAGUAUCAUGGGCUUUAGAUGGAAAACGAGAAAUUGUCGCUUGUUACCGAACACUUCCUAACAUACUCAAGGGAUUAGUUGUGGUGUUCAUCGAAACUACAUGUAUUACUGAAUAUCUUAGUAGUAAGGGAUUUCUCGUUGAACAGGCAAUAUUUCUUUGGGAAAAUGAUACCAAAACGCCAGUCAUACACAUGCUUGUGGUAUCAGCAGGUAUUGACACAUUAGAAAAAGAUGCAUCUCGUGAUAUUUUUGGGUAUAAUUCAGCUAUAGCCAUGUAG